CUUCCGGGUUUGGGAGGAGACGCUGUCAGAGCUCUCAAUAGCUGCUAGCCGAAAUGGGAACUUUUCUAUUUAUAACACUGUACGCUUUAAUAAACUGUUUGGUGGUCUUUCCAGUCGCGCACAGCAACAGUUUUGAGACCAAAGCCACGCAGUUCUUCAGCAGCGGCCACACCAACAACUGGGCAGUGCUGGUCUGCACCUCAAGAUUUUGGUUCAACUAUCGGCACGUUGCCAACGUACUGUCCGUGUACCGCAGUGUGAAGAGACUGGGCAUCCCAGACAGUCACAUCGUCCUGAUGUUAGCCGAUGACAUGGCCUGCAACCACAGGAACCCCAAACCUGCCACCGUCUUCAGCCACAAGAACAUGGAGCUGAAUGUGUACGGAGACGACGUAGAGGUCGAUUACCGCGGAUACGAGGUGACAGUGGAGAAUUUUCUGAGAGUGCUGACAGGGCGGCUCCCGGCGAGUUCACCUCGCUCCAAACGCUUACUCAGUGACGACCGCAGCAACAUCCUCAUCUACCUGACGGGUCAUGGCGGGAACGGCUUCCUGAAGUUCCAGGACUCGGAGGAGAUCAGCAACGUGGAGCUGGCCGAUGCGUUCGAGCAGAUGUGGCAGAAACGGAGGUAUAACGAGCUGCUGUUUAUAAUCGACACCUGCCAGGGGGCGUCCAUGUACGAGAGGUUCUACUCGCCCAACAUCAUGGCUCUGGCCAGCAGCCAAGUCGGAGAGGACUCGCUUUCACACCAGCCGGACCUCGCUAUCGGAGUCCAUCUGAUGGACAGGUACACCUUCUACCUGCUGGAGUUCCUGGAAGAAGUCCAUCCUGCCAGUCAGGCCAAUAUGAAUGAUCUGUUUAAGGUGUGUCCCCAAAGCCAGUGUGUGUCGACUCCGGGCCACCGUACCGACCUGUUCCAGCGAGACCCCGGCAGCGUCCUGAUCACCGACUUCUUCGGCAGCGUGCGCAAAGUGGAGCUGACACGCGAGCUGGUGGAGCUGAGCGCCCCCGUCUGGGAAACAUCCACGGCCACGCCUGGAGCUCAGAAAAACGAGACGAGCGAGGUGCUUUCGUACGUCGAUCAGUUACCAGUGUCUGAGAUCAUUCAUCAGAAACCCAAGCAGAAGGACUGGCAUCCCCCGGAUGGCUUCAUCCUCGGCCUGUGGACGCUCAUCCUGCUCGUCUUCUUCAAAACCUACGGCAUCAAACACCUCAAACACAUCUUCUGAUGUUCUUUCAGACGUCCCUGAGCUCUGAGCGUCUAUUCCUUUCAGGUCCACGCUGUAAUCUGGUUGUAUUUCAGCACUUUUUUUGUUGGACAGCGGCUCCCUUUUUUUUACCUUUAAUCCUCAGGUACAGUCGACCGAGGACAAACUCGAGUUCAGCGCUCGCAAAAAAAACUCACCUUCGAUCUCGGUGUAUGAAAUUCGCUUCUUUUCACGUAGCUACAUGCGUCCCAGCGACCCCUAGUGGCCAGUUGAGCACGUCUUAAUUGUUCGGUUGGUAUUGGUACGGUUUAUUCACGCCCCGCAGGAUCAGAAUUUGCCGGUACGGGGAUUUCACAUGUAAAUCAUAGAUGGAGUGGCAUCAGGUUUGGAGCUGGAAAGAAGCAAAUGCAAAGAUACCAAAAAUGUUGGUGAUGAACGUGUGUAAAUAUGAAAUGUUUUUUUUUUUUUUUUUUUUUUUAUUAAUU